GGGUCGGGGUGGGCCCUGAGAGCAGCUGCAGAAGGGUUCCCCCAGCUUUUGGGCUGGAGGCGGGGACGGUGGUGACCUAUACCAGCUGACUCCACCGCCCAGGUGACAGCGGGCAGACCCCAGCUUAUCCGUGGGUACCGAGAGCCCCUCUGGCCAAGCUGGCCUGGACUCCUGAGCGUCUCUGAGCUGUGUCUACACCGCACACUGUAGUCCCCUGCGCAAAGCUGGGAAGGGGGCGGUCUCAUGCCCAUUCCAUACCUGCAGCUCCACGCGGAGGACGCUUCCCGCUGGCCAGCGCAUCCCUAGAGAGCCUCUCCUACUCAGGGGCUUGGCUUUGGAUCUCCAGAAGAAGGGACAGGGGGUGCUACCCUGCCCACCUGUGUGUGAUGCCCCCACCUACCCAAAUCCCAAGGAGCCAGGACCGAAACCAGAGACGCGGGCAUCUCUGAUAGCCCCGGGCCCUCGGACCAGGAGAAGCCUUAGCAUUCUCCGGGCUGAUCCCAUUUAGUGACUGACGGAAGGCUGACGCUCACCAAGGACUACUUGUCCGGUUACCAAAUAACCCCCGAGACGGAAGGGAGCCUCUCGGCACUAGACACUUCCAUCCCCCAUUGUCCACUGGAGACUUGGGCUUUCCGGUGUGCCGCUACAAAAACAUAACGGCCAUGGCUUACUCCAGGGAAGCCUGAGAAAGAGAGACCAUCCACCAGGCGCACAAAGACUCUCUGUGCCGGAGAUGGGCACCGAAAGUGAUGCCUCCACAGAGAGAGAGUGUGUGUGUUAUUACAGAGGUGAAAUAGGGAAUCCUCUGCUGCUAGCUCAGCCUGCUGAGGAUCUAGAGGGGAGCAUGGAGCCAGAAGGAAUGACCCCUGGCAGCCAGAGGACCCCCUCCCAGGAAUAUGUGUCAUUCAAGGAUGUGACUGUGGACUUCACCCAUGAGGAGUGGUGCCUCUUGGACUCUUCCCAGAAGGCUCUCUACAGAGAUGUCAUGCUAGAGAUAGCCCAGAACUUGCACUCCCUGGGGCUUCCAGUUCCUAAAGCAGAUCUUAUCUCCCAGUUGGACCAAGAGGAAGUACCAUGGUUAUUGGAUCCAAAAGACCCAAGAAACUCCUGCCUAGAUAGGCAAACCACACCUCAAAGCAAGGAGUCUUUUCCAAAGCUGAGCAUUUCCUGUGACUUCAAUUUCAAAGAAUCCUGGCACUGUGAUAUCAAGUUAGAGAAGAAGCAGAGUAUUUGGGGGAGUCAUUCCAGACAAUUCAAAAAGAUACCCCAGAAAACUCCAGAGGAAGAGAGAGAUGGUGAUGAAUAUAAUAAAUUUAAAAGGAAUUUUACUCAAGGGUCAACCCUUUCUGUCCAAUCAAGAGCCCCCACAAGAAAGCUCCACCAUGAAUAUGCUAAAAGUCAAAGGGACUUCAGACAAUAUUCAGACCUAAUUCAAUUUAAGAAAUUCACCUCAGGGAAAGAACAUUCCAAAUACUGUGAAUAUGGGGACUGCUUUAAAGAGCAGAGAGAGCUCAAUCAGUGUCAGGAAAAGCAUACGGGAAUGAAAGAUUAUCAGAGUAAUCACUGUGAGACAGCUUUCAGUUUGAUCCCAGAUAUUAAUAGUCAUAAGAAAAAUCACCUCGGAAAAAUACCUUCUAAGUGCAAUGAAGAUGGGCCAUGCUUCAUCCACCACUUGUCUCUUAGUUUACUGCAGAAAGCUCAUACUAGAGAGAAAUUGCACAAAUGUAAUCAGUGUGGGAAUACGUAUUUUCAGAAAAUUCACAGACCAGAAAAACCUUGUAAAUGCAAUAAAUUUGGGAAGGCUUUUCCCCAGGGAUUAUCCCUCAUUUCACCUCAGAGAAUUCAUCCUGGAGAGAAACCUUACAAAUGUAAUCACUGUGCAAAAGUUUUCAGAAAGCCCUCCCAACUCACAGUCCAUCAGAGGAUUCACACCGGAGAGAAACCCUAUAAAUGUAAUGAAUGUGGGAAAGACUUCAGAUGGAGAGCAAAUUUUAUUAUACACGAAAGAAUUCAUACUGGAAAGAAACCUUACAUAUGUAAUCAGUGUGGAAACGUUUUCCAAAAACCCUGCAACCUUGCUGAACAUCUGAAGAUUCAUACUGGAGAGAAGCCAUAUAAAUGUAAUGAAUGUGGGAAAGGCUUCAUUCAAAGAGCAAAGCUUAUUGUACAUGAGAGGAUUCACACGAGAGAGAAACCUUACAAAUGUAAUCAUUGUGGAAAGGCUUUCAGACAGUCCUCCCAUCUUGCUGUUCAUCAGAUGAUUCACACUGGAGAGAAGCCUUACACAUGUAAUGAAUGUGGAAAGACCUUCAGACAGAGCUCAUCCCUUAUGGCACAUCAUAGAAUUCAUUCUGGAGAGAAGCCCUAUACAUGUAAUGAAUGUGGAAAGGCUUUCAGACAGAGAUCAUCCCUUAUGGCACAUCAUAGAAUUCAUUCUGGAGAGAAGCCCUUUAAAUGUAAUGAAUGUGAAAAGGCUUUUAGCCAGAAGUCAUCACUUAUGGCACAUUACAGGAUUCAUUCUGGAGAGAAUCCCUAUACAUGUAACGAAUGUGGGAAAUCCUUCAGCUGGAGUGCAAACCUUGUUGCCCAUCAGAGGAUUCACACUGGAGAAAAGCCCUAUAAAUGUCACCAAUGUGACAAAACCUUUACUCGGAAGUCUUUUCUUACCAUGCAUGAGAGAAUUCAUACUGGCCUGAAACCUUGUAAAUCUAUGUGAAGUGGAAAUACUUUUAGCUGGGCAGCAGACCAGAAGAUAUUAGAAAAUCCACAUGGUUCAUGAACUCAUAAGAUAUAAUGAAUUUUUAAAAUUCUUAUGUUCAGAUUGUUUACUAUACAAUAGUAUUCAAAUAUUUGAGCCCUGUCUAAAGGUCUUUCCACAUUCAUUACAAUGUGUAAAGCUCAAUAUUCAUCAACCAACUGUAAUACUUUGGCCAUUCCCCUAAGGCAAUCCCUUUAUCUGAAGUUCUUGCUAAAAUGAAAAUUGUUGCUGUGAAUAUUUUGAUGUAUAGUGGACCUUUAGGUUUAGGCUGUGAUCCAAAACGAUGAAUAUUUUAAUGAUUUUUCCAGGACACUUCCUUUGUUGUUAUUGUUUUUUAUAGAAAGCGAGGGUUUUGUUAUUCUGUUCUUGACAAAAAUAUCAGAAAAUGAGCAUUUUCACUUAAAAAAACUGAGUGUACAUAAAAAAAUGCAAAUCUACCUGAAAUACAUUUUUUGUGGUUUUUCAAAAAAUGUGUUGUUUUAUCAUUUGUAACUGUCUCUAGCCCUUGUUUGGUGAAGAAUGCAUCUCUUCCCAUAGCUAUGAAAACUAUAGAUCUUUUCUAAUUUUUUAAUGCUUUGAAGUUAAUAAGAAGAGAAUGUAUCUAUUAAGAAUUUAUUAUUUAAUAUGUUAUAAUAAUUUGAUCUCAGCCUAAUUUUUGAUACUUCUUUCUAGUUUUCCCAUAAGUUGUUCAUCAAAUAGAUAGAAAUUUAUGUGCUCAUGUUUAUUGAACUCUGAGUUCUUGUUUAUUUCUGAUUUUUCCCAUUUCUAGGCUAUUCUACUGAUCUAUUUCUCCCUCUCUCUCUUUUUUUAAAUACAAUAACAAAUAGUUUUGAAGACUGCUGAUUUAUGAUGCAAUUUGAGGUCUGUCUAUUUUAUUUCCCUGUCAUCCUCACCUUUUUUCAUGAUUUCCUUUCAUAUUCUAAAUCUUUUGUUUCUAAAAACGAAUUUUGUUCUAUAUGUUCCUUUGAGAGUUUAAUUAGCACAGAAUUAAAUCUGUAAGUUAACGUUGCUGAUAUUACUAUUUUUUUAUCAUGUUCGUAUGGCCCAGUCAUUAGCACUGAAUAUCCAUCUACUGAAUUCAUUUUUGUAUUGCUUUUCAUCAAUGGAUGUUCACAGGUAGGGCAUAUUACAUAUAUUUUCAGAUUUUUGAAAUCUGCCAGUUUUCCUGAUUUCUUCCUUUUUCCUUUUUCUUUUUCUCCUUUAAAAACAUUUGUUAUAUCAGAUAACCCUUGAAGAAGGGAAGACUAUGUGGUGGUGUAAAACAAUAGCAAUAAAAUCUAUUUUUAAAAAGAAAUAUAAAAAAUGUAUAUAAAGUAUUUCUCAAAGGUGGUUCUAAAGUUGUCCCAUUUCUCUUCAUUGUCUCCUGAGCUUUCUGUUUUAUUUUGUACUUUUUAAAAGAAGCUUCAUGAAUACUCAUAUGUUUAAAAAUUUUCAUCAUCAUCAUCAAAUCCUUCCUCUUCCCCAAUAAGAAAUUCUCCAAUUACACAAAAUACUUUAGCUCAUUCUCUUCUUAUUCUUAGUGAUAUAUCCCAUUGUAGUCAGGUCAAAUAUCCAUUUUGAAUUUAGGGUUGUAUAAGGUGUAAAGUCAGACUUCUAAACUGCUCUACCAAAUUGCUAAUCCAUUUUGGCAAGAAAAAAAAAAGAUCCUUCUUCACCUGAGCAUUUAUAUUCUUGACAAUGGGCUCCUAUUUUCAUUUCUUUCUUGCUUGUUUGUUCCAUUCAAUUUUAUAUGAACUGAUAGAGAGUGAGAUGAGCAGCUGGAAGAGAAUAAAAUACUACCACAUCCUACAUUAAAAAGAUUGCUAAAAAGAAAUGAGACUGAAUAACUGACAAACCAGCCAAGAUCUUGGAGUGUACUGAUGGAGAAAGAUUUCUUCCUUCUCAAACAAAAGAGGGGGGAGAUUGAUUGCCAGCACCGAAUGUUGGAUGCACUAGCAAAUGGGAUCAUGCUGUUUUUGCUGCACUCUUUAUCUUUGCAAUAAAAGAAGAUUCCAUUGGUAGAAUGGGAAGCAUUUCAGAUUUUUGAAAUCUACCAGUUUUCCUGAUUUCUCUUUUUUCCUUUUUCUUCUUUUUUGAACCAGAAAUGGCAUGUAAAGCCAAGAUCCAAUAAACCAUGCUUAAAACUAAAUGUGAAGAGUGAAAGGCAGCAGGAGGUGUGUUGUCUCCUGAGCUCUCUGUUUCGUUUUGUUUUGUUUCAUCCCAGAACAUCACAGAACAGCCUCUUUCUUGAACUGAACCUUGAAAGAAAUUAGAAAAGAAUAUGUUGUUCCCCAAGGAUCUGUGUUAGUUUAAAGCAGCCAACCGAUGUCAUGUUGUUCUAGUCCAUAAAGCAAUCAUUGCUCUCAGAGGAGUCGAUCCUCAGUGUUGCUUCUGAAACUGGUACUUUGAGCAUUCAACCGUAACAGUGCUGAAGGGGAAAUUUCUUCUCCCAACACUUUGGUCAUGUUGUUUUUCCUCAGAAAUUAUACUAGCUAAUUUCAAUAAUCCAAAA